UAUGGGUUUCUCUCUACUACUGAACUGUGCACAUGAGAGCUGGGGAAGCGCCGCAGACACACCUUAAACGUGGAAAGUGCUCCAAAACACGAGCCCAUGUGUUUCCAGCAGAUCCCCGUCCCUUCCAGCUGAACUCGCGCGUGUUGUGUGGAGUGGAGAAGUGUGCGGAGUGGAGGAGUCGGUGUUGGGGUCUGGAUCAGUCGGAGUUGACGGAGAGAUUGCCUCGUGUGCGGAGCAUCAUGGCAGAGCCGGAUUACAUGGAUGGAGACUGUGACGAACUCAUUAAGCCCAAGAAACUCAUCAACCCUGUGAAAACCUCCAGAAACCACCAAGACCUACACAGAGAACUCCUCAUGAAUCAGAAGAGGGGCCUGGCACCUCAGAACAAGCCCGAGCUGCAGAAAGUGAUGGAGAAGAGGAAGAGAGACCAGGUGCUGAAAGCUCAGAAGGAAGAGCAGGAAGCUCAUAAGAAGCAAUCAGAUUUGGAAAUUGAGCUCAUGAAGAGACAACAAAAACUUGAACAGCUGGAGUUGGAGCAGCAGAAGAAUGAGGAGGAGCAGGAGAACACCCCGGAAUUUGUUAAAAUGAAGAGCAAUCUAAGAAGAACCAAGCAGGAGGUGGACGAACAGGAGCGCACCACCUAGACACACUAUGGGGGGUUUAAACGAGUCCAUGGCACAUGAAAGCAUGGCAACCGGACUGCAGAUUUGUGGGGAUUCCCUGGUGUUCCUGCUCCCUGUGUUCCUGUGAAAACCGUGAAUGGUUCCUAUUGCCGACCUGCAGACACGACCAGUAUUCACUUACCCUAACCCCUAAACACCGGCAGCAAACAGAGGGAUUGAAAUGAAAAAUGCGCACUCAGACACAAAGGCACAGUCUCCCCGUCACUGGCUGGUUGGCUGGAUGGCGGGCUUUGGUGGACUUACAUGGCAGGACGGACAGAACACACGCAGAGUUUUUCCAAUUCGUUUUCUAUCUCUCUCUUUCUUUAGCUUAUCUUUAUUUUUAUUUUUUCUGCUGUUUCUUGUUUUCUUUUUUAACUUAUUUUCAGAAAUUCAAGUUUAGAGGGACACUGGAUGGACUUGUGCAAGCCUAAAUAAGUGUUUGUUUUUUUCAGUUUUGCCUUGGAAUGAUGCUGAUGAUGAGGGGUUUUAUGAGGACUUUAUACCCUCCUUUUGGUUGAUGAUCAGAAAAAAAGAAAGAAAAAAAUAUGAAUAUGGAUUCUCAACAGUUCAACCUUUGGCUGUGAUGUACAGAUGUUUGCUUUAUUUUGUUGUUUUAAUCUUCAUAUCUGUGCACUCCUUCUAAGCUACAUCUAUUUUAAGCAAUACUAGAACUAGGUUGGUGUGUUUUUGAAUAUUUUUGUUUUUCUUUUUUUACAAAUAAAUUUGUUAUAAAUACAGUUUAGUUGCAAUGGUGUAGAACACUGUGUUGAGGCACUCUUGUAUUUUUUUCCACACCUGAGUAGUAAUUGUUGAGUGCAAUCAGGAAGGUCUAGGAAAGAAAUGCAUUUUUUGUUAGUUCAGUAUUGAAGACUCACAGUCUAAUGUAUAGAUUUGAGCCAAUGCCCAACCACUCGUGCUCCCUUUAAUUCAGAAAAACUUCUUUUAAUAAAUAUUAUUUUGUCAUGUU